GCCGCGGGGUCUAGGGUUUUGAUUCUCCGCGAGGAUGCGCUGCGUGCACUGUGGAUCGCCCGUGAUCGGCACCUUUGUGCAGUACUCGCCGGGCAAUCUGCGCCUCCGGAAAUGCCCAAAAUGUGGAUGCGUCGCUGAUGAAUAUGUGGAGUGCGAGCCGAUUAUUGUUUUCGUUGAUAUUGUCUUGCACAAGCCAGAGGCUUACCGGCACUUGUUCUUCAACAGCAACGCUCUAAGUUCGAAAGUCGUAGUGAUGGCAGUUCUUCUACUUGUUGUUUUGGAAGCAUGUCUCUACGACUAUUUUAGCACUGAGAGGGCCGCUGCCAUCUCGUAUCGAUCGGCUAAGAUGUUGGCCAAAGCAGCAGUGACUUUCAGUAGCUAUAUCACAGGCAUCUGGAUCAUGCACAGAUUCUUCACAAAGAAACGUUCCAGCUCGACGAGUUUAAUGGACAUCCUUACCGCAAUCACUUCUUCAAGCUACUUCAAGCUUUUCAUUUUUGCGAUGAUGAUAUGGGACUUCUCCCCGCAUAUCGCGUUGGUGAUUGAGGUGUUGGUACUGAUCUCCAAUGGAGUCGCUCUGCAAGUUGUUUUGAACACUAGCGCGAACAUAAGUAUGGUCUUAGUAGCAGCAUCUGCAGCCCCGACAUUUUUCUGGAAGUUGUUCUUAUACUACAGUUUGUGGGCAAACCCUCAACCUCAACUUUGACCAAUCGGGUUUUCAUCACUGCUCUGGCUAUGGCGGCUGUGGCUCCCGGAAUCAUAGUACCCCUUUCGAGCGGUGGGCAAUCCAAGCUUCAAUAUCAGAGUGAAUUCUCC